UUAAGCGUAAUCUCCGUUUCCUCAUCUUUCGUCCUCACGCACAUGCAAGAACUCACUACUAUUCGCGGUGACGUUAAUUUGUGGGCUGGUUUGGAACCUUAUGACCUCCGAUAAAGUAGCCGAAGUAUCGCUGUCUGUUUGUUACUGUGUAUUGUGUGGGUUUAGUAUGAAAAGAACAAGAGCUACUGUGAAGACAUCACAGGAGGAAAAUUUUCGUUACCGAUUAUUCAUGGAGUAUACAGCACUAUGCAGAGCACACAAUUAAUAAAUAUAUUGAGACAACGUACAGAAGAUGUGGAUGUAAAGCAAUACUUUAUACAAUACCUAGAAAAGGCACGUUCAUUUGAAUACACAAGAAAAGUGCUUUUUGCACUAGAAGAACAGGCAUUAGAAGAGAUAUCUAAGCUCGGUGGCAAUCCUGUCUUAUCUGCUGUGUAUGAACGCCUCAGAGCUGUGUAUGUACGCCCACCAAUAGAUUGCCGAGAUAACAUGUUAAGCAAACGUAACUAUUUUGAUGUGAUGAUAUAA